AUGGUAGGUACAGGAGGUUCAGGCCAUCUAAACUGCUCAGUGACGGGCGGUCGUGGCGGAGGGGUCACGUUAAGUUGGCAGCACGAAGGCAGACCAUUACACGCGCCUCAGUCCCGCCUCAGUCUCGGUCCAGUUCGUUCACAUCACGCUGGUCUCUACCAAUGCACGGCACACGACCAUUCUGACUCCGCUGUUGCUGGUGCCGAGUUAGUUAUUGCUGACAGGCCACCACGGUUAGUAUCAACGUUCAGUGGAGCGGUGACUAGGAUCGGACAGAGCAUAGUCAUUAGGUGUGCAGCGACUGGCGUGCCUUCACCCCGUAUACUCUGGACUUUAGAUGACAGACCGCUGCCAGCUGCUCCCGACAAGUAUAGCGUUAAUACAAGGGCAGAAGCAAUGCCGGGAAAUGAGGAAGGGACAAUAGUGUCCACUUUGAGUGUAACUAUUAGGACUGCGGACGAAGGAGGUAGAUACGGAUGUAAUGCUACCAACUCGCAAGGAUCUCAUGCUCAUCAAGCAAGACUGAAUGUUUAUGGUCCUCCAAAUAUCCGAUAUUUACCAGCAUUACAUGUAAAGACUGACACAGACGUGACAAUAUACUGUCCGUAUUCCGGAUACCCGAUUAAAGAAGUAGUUUGGAAACGAGAAGAUGGGUCCAUUGUAGAAAGUAUUUUAGAAUCGAAUGAUGAACGAGGAGUGCUAAGACUAAACUCUGUUCGGAGUACGGCAGCAGGAACUUAUACUUGCGAAGUCAGAGCGGAAAGUGGGGAGCUUGCUCGACGAACUGUACGACUAGACGUCCAUAAGCCACCGAAAAUAGCACCGUUUCAAUUUCCCGAGGAACUCGAAGUGGGCGGUAGUACGCAAGCAACAUGUAGCCUGAUAUCGGGAGAUAAACCGAUACAGUUCACCUGGCACAAGGAUAAUUUGCCAAUCCCUUCAAUGUUAAAGGUGGAACAAAAAAACAUGGACUUUUUCUCCCUACUUAUUAUACAAGACCUAACUUCGGCACACAGUGGAGAAUACACUUGCAGAGCUACUAAUGAUUUCGGUGCAGUUAGCCAUAGCGCUUCACUGAUUGUCAAAGAAUCGCCGACAUGGGUGUGGCGAGCACAGAACACGUCGGUGUCUGCUGGGGCGGCCCUUCUUCUACCAUGCUCAGCUAAAGGACAACCUACGCCUAGAAUCUCUUGGGAGUAUUCCACAGACGGUGAUAACUGGCGUCACGUGCUCUGGGGCCAAUCAGAGGCGACUGAUACAAGUGGGGGCUCCAUACUGAUAGACGGCACGGUGUGGCUGAGAGCAGCCAGCCCUGAGCACGAGGGCUGGUACCGAUGUACGGCGCGCGUUCAGCAUUCCUUCUUACAUCAUUUGUUUUAUUUGGAUGUUAGAGAACCUCCAAGACUGAGCAGAAGUGGUAGUGGUGAGACUCGAUGGGUGGUGAGAGGAACGACUGCGAGGCUCUCCUGCACUGUCAGAGGGGAGCCUGAAAUUCACGUACAUUGGACACAUGACUCCAGGCCUUUGUCUUUACAUGGCUCCGGUGGUGUGGAAAAUAGGGAGACAAGUGGUGGUGCGAUGACGUCAGAGGUGACAAUACCUCACGCGGGACCUGAACACGCUGGCGAGUAUCGAUGUUUGGCGCGUAACCUGUACGGAAGCGACGAACUUGUGUACCGGCUUUUCGUUAAAGAGCGUCCUAGUGUACCAGAAGAAGUCCGAGUAUCCGAAGUAUGGUCCCGUAAAGCGCGUGUCACAUGGCGCGUCGCGCGAGGUGCACUCGUGUCGCACUACUCACUCCAAUACCGCGCGUUAACGCGCGAGUUGUCGCACGCGCCCCUCGAUGCACCGAUGCCAGCUCUCCUUGACAACUGGGAUACACAGGAUGUUCUCAAUCUAACACUGGCGAAUUCUGAUCUGCUGCAUGUAGCGUCCGAAGGGCCGGGACGUGCAGGCGCGUCUGUAGCCGGUUUGUCUCCCGACACGCGCUAUGCGAUGCGCAUGGCUGCGUUCAACGACGUCGGCGCCUCUCCAUAUACUACUCCAUUACACUUCACUACUAGAGAGGAAGCACCCGGUGGAGCACCUCGUGACAUUACCGUGCGGGCACUUAGGGCGCGGGAACUUCACAUUACUUGGCAGCCACCACCAAGAGAAACAUGGCACGGUACCCUCCUAGGGUAUACGAUUCGUUGGUGGGAAGUCUCAGAAGAGGGGAAGGGUACAUUGAGUGAUAGUCCAGGGUCGGAGUCGGGAGCCAGUGCUGAUGCCACCAGUACCACGCUGCGAGGGUUGAAGGCUGCAACGAGAUAUGGAAUAACUGUGAGAGCGUACAACGCAGCUGGUACAGGACCAUUGUCACCACCACAUUACCGACAUACUUUGGAGUCACCUCCAACUGGCAGUCCAGAAGGAGUAACCUGCAUAUCGAGUGGGUCCACAUCACUACGAGUGUCAUGGCGGCCGCCGGGCGUCGAAAACAGAGGAGGGCUCAUAACUCACUAUACUUUACAAUAUACGCGACGGGAUGCCGAUCCAAUGCUGCCCACACAAGACGCCUAUUUAAGGAUACAGGGUGAAGAAUCAACAGUUUCUCGAUUGACGCCGUACGCUGAAUACGAAAUCCGAGUGAGGGCGCACAAUGCUGCAGGGGAUGGUCCUCUGUCCGCCCCACAAGUUUGUAGGACUGAUGAAGAUGUGCCCAGUGCUCCAGGAGGGUUGAAAUUGAUAGCUCUGGGCGAAAGGUCACUGAGGGCCUCGUGGCUACCUCCUCCGGAACCCAACGGGAAACUUACGCACUACACGCUGUACGUCAAGGAUCUAUCGGGGUCACAAGAACCCAACGUGACCCGUGUGAACGCGUGCACAGAAGUCGAAGGAACUACUACGGAGUGCAUGCGCACGAUGCGUGGUCUCCGUGCAGGUCGCACGUACGAAGCGUGGGUCCGCGCUGCCACUGCCGCUGGGGAAGGUCCACCAUCACCUGCCGUCGCUUGCCAGACCAGCUCGUUGGCACCGGGUCGUAUCUCGUCAUUUGGUGGCGUGGCACUGGGUGCGGCGGGCGGGUCGCUGUCUCUUCGAUGUGUAGUGGGUGGUGCACCGCCUCCCGCCAAACGAUGGCUCCGAGCUGGUGCACCGCUGCAUCCCCGACCACCCUUCCAUCUUGAUGGAGAUGCAUUGCUUAUACGAGGUUUAGAGUUAUCACACGCCGACAACUACACAUGCGUGGCUGAGAAUCCACAUGGUUCCGACUCAGCAACAUGGAGAGUGAUAGUAUUGAGACCGCCGGCACCACCAGGACUAGCGUUACUUGAAGCAAGGUCCAGGGAACUAGAGCUUGAACUACGGCCAGCGCCAAGAUCACCUGGACAUGCCAUUCCUAAAACUUACAGCUUACAUUGGCGGUUAGCAACACCAGAGGGUGAAUGGCGGAUUCAAUUAGCCACUCCUGGCCCGGUAACAUUAUCUGGCCUUCGUUGUGGUUCCGCAUACAGAGCUUAUGGUUCCGCUGGAGGUGCUCCAGGGUCGGAAUUGGCUGUAAGGACUUCUGGAGGUCCACCCACUGCGCCUCCAGAUGCAAGGUGGAUAAGAGCUAAUGCCACCCAUGCAAGGUUUGAUACCAGUGCGUGGGGUGAUGGUGGCUGUGGACCAGUUGCUUUGAAGCUGGAGUGGGCAGGAUCUGGAGUAGCAGGCGCUAGAGACGUGCCUGUAGGAGGAGAAGUUAUAUUAGGAGGUCUAUCGCCGGGUUCUCGCUAUCGAGUAGCAGCGCGAGCGUCGAACGAAGCAGGCUGGACGCGUGAAGUAUUUGAAUUCGCGACGCAAGCGGCAGACGGCCAUCUUGCGGAAGAAGUUGACGCGCCGUUCCCGGCCACUGCAGGGGAACUCGCUCUAUUACUUGCAUUAUGUGCUGCAUUGUCACUGGCCGCACUUACUAUACUAGCCAUACUGUUGAGGAGGAAAAGGACUGAAGGGGCAGUAGCCCGAGUGUCGACUAAUGCUGAGAAACCAGCUUGUGGCACUUACAGAGCACCUCAACAUCAAGCCACGAAAUUACCCCCAGAUCCGCCAGAUGUGUACGAAAUAAGUCCAUACGCGACGUUCGCGGGAGGCGCGGGCGCGGUGUCGGGGAGCGGCGCGCGCGCGUACACGCUGCAGCUACGCGCGCUCGCGCGACACGACGACGACGCCGCGCCGCCGCAACACCCUGCCUGCUGCGACGAAGAAACGUGCGUAGACGCAUGCGACGCUCAGCGGCGACGGAGACGCCGACGACAUUAUUGCCCGGACCACGGUUGCUCACAAGAUUCAGGAAGUUGA